AUGAUUCCAUGGAAUAUUCCUGACUUCUAUGCCUUAUCAAAGAAGUACCGAUCUGUUCAUAUCUAUUAUAGUCUUUUCAUAUCUAUCUAUCUAUCUAUCUAUCUAUCUAUCUAUCUAUCUCAGUCUGUUAACAUCUAUCUAUCUAUCUAUCUAUCUAUCUAUCUAUCUCAGUCUGUCUAUAUCUAUCUAUCUAUCUAUCUAUCUAUCUAUCUAUCUAUCUAUCUAUCUCUUUCUAUUCACAUCUAUCUAUCUAUCUAUCUAUCUAUCUAUCUAUCUAUCUAUCUAUAUAUAUGUUCUGUUCAUAUCUAUUAUAGUCUUUUCAUAUCUAUCUAUCUAUCUAUCUAUCUAUCUAUCUAUCUAUGUCAUCAAACUAGAACACGUCUCCGAGGCAGGAACGUCCAGAACGCAGGGACAUUCUCUUUCUUUCUCUCUUUCUUUCACUCUUUCUCUUCCUUUCUCUCUCUCUCUCUCUCUCUUUCUAUUUCUCAUUCUCUCUCUGUCUUUUUCUUUCACCCUCUCUCACUCUCUUUCUCUCACUCUCUUUCUCUCACUCUUUCCCUCAUUCUCGCUCUUGCUCUCUCUAUCUGUGUUUGCGGGGGUACUUUCAACACUGUCUUUGAUUGGGUACGACGCCGGCCAAAUGAGCAGUUCAUUUUCAACACCUACUUUUUUCGUGGUAACCGCUAUUGGAUGUAUGAAAACCAUGCGAAUAGGACGCGAUACGGUGACCCGUUGAAUAUCGGCCGAGAGUGGGAAGGAGUUCCAAAUGACAUUGACGGAUAUGUACAUAUAUGGUUUUUUGACAGCAUCGCUGGUAUUGUUGACGUCACUUACUUCUUCAAAGGUGAGAAUUAUUAUAUGUAUGACGCUACAGAAGACCGCGUUGUUGAUAGCUGGCCACGUAAAAUUUCAGAAGGUUUCGGACCCAAAGAAGGCAGCACGAUAGGAAUCCCUGACAAUUUGGAUUCUAUCUUCUUUGACAUGAGAGACAGCAACAUUUACUUUUUCAAAGGAGACAAGGUUUAUGUGUACAACCCCCGGGGACAGGGUGCGCCGUCGACCACUGGCUGUUGUGAACGUAUAGUCAACAUCCGUGAGGAGUACCCAUCGGCUGAUGACAACCCGCUUCCAGACAAUUUAGACGCUGUCUAUUAUUCUUAUAAAGAGAAGAGCAUGUACUUUCUCAAAGGUGAGGAUGUAUGGAAAAACGUCCGAUUCCAUCGAAGACAACGGAAUACCGUCAACGAAAUCCGUCACGAGGGUAAAUGGUAUGAACACUGCAAUAUACGAAACUAUCUAUCAAUCUAUCUAUCUAUCUAUCUAUAUAUGUGUUCAUCGGUGUAUCUAUCUAUCUAUCUAUCUAUCUAUCUAUCUAUUCAUAUCUAUUUAUCAUGUGUAUGUAUGUCUGUCUUUUCAUAUCUAUCUCAACCUGUUCAUAUCUAUCUAUCUAUCUACUUUUCUGUCUGUCUAUCUAUCUAUCUAUCUAUCUAUCUAUCUAUCUAUCUAUCUUUGUAUACAUACAAUUGUAAUAUUUUCUGA